AUGCAAACCCGCUCACAAACCCAAGACCAACCUUCCCAGCCCCCAAAAGAAGCCACCUACGCCCAGUCCUCGAAUCCCGUCUCCCACACGCCACAAGAGCAACGAGCAACCACCGAACCGGGCCGACACCACGGCGACACAAUCGGGGCAAUUAAACGGACAGCAGAGUCCCGACCCUCAAGCGACGAAGAACGAGCUCGCCUGAGCGCACAGCUCCAAGAACACGAACAAGAACUGCACAAUGCACCCGACGUCGACCUAGAAUACGGAGUGGAGCAGCAGCCCGCUGAGGGGUAUAUCGCGGAUACGGUUCAGCGUAAGGGGAUGGGGAUGCAGCGUGCGCAGGCUGGUGCUCAUGCUGGUCCUGUUGGGAGCGCGGGUGGGCCUGGGCAUCCUGGUUUCGGGGAAGCGGAUGAUUUGGCGGCGAAUUUGGGGGCGAAGAGGGUUGAGCAUGAUCGGAUGCUUGGUGAUAGGGUUGGGAGGAGUCCGGCUGAGCCGGAGGGGGAUGUUGCUGAGAGGGAGGCUGUUAGACGACGUACGGUGGAGCGGGAUGAGAGGUUGGAUGUGGAGGGGACGGUUAAACAGGCUACUGGUCAUCCGGUAGUGGGUAAAUAG